UAGUAUAAUCUUUACAUAACCUCAAAAUUUAACCUUUAAAAAUUUGUAAAUUGUACGCCGAUCUGAGUAAUAAUUCAUUGGCUGUCGAUUAUCUAAAUCUAAGCAUGAUGUAAAUCUAAAUAUGUACUCAAGAGAAAAGCACAGACAGCCGAACAGUACAGCACACAGAAAGUUACGAAGCCGUUCGAAAAUGUCUGUCGUAAAAACGGUCCUGUACUUGAUCGCUAACAUAGCAUCUUCGAUUACAAUAAUAUUAUUAAACAAAUGGAUUUACUCGCAAAAAAUCUUCCCAAAUAUAUCUCUAACGAUGGUACACUUUAUUGCUACAUUUUGCAGUUUGUGCGUAUGCGAGAAGCUAAAUUUUUUCAAUGUUAAGUCUGUAAACGUGCAUCAAUUGGUCACGUUGUCACUUUGCUUUUGUGGCUUUGUCGUUUUCACGAACUUAAGCUUGGAGUACAAUUCGGUCGGUGCAUUUCAAGUCGCCAAAGUGAUGACUACACCCGGCGUUAUGAUCAUACAAAGCUUUCGGGGAAAACAAUUUUCGCACAGCGUGAAAUUCGCUACAGUGCCGAUCGUGGUUGGUGUAAUAUUGUGCUUUAGUUACGACAUACGUUUUAAUACGGUUGGAACGGUUUUUGCAACUUUAGGCGUAAUUGUUACAUCGUUUUAUCAAGUGCUUGUGAAUUCGAAACAAGCGGAAAUGCAACUGAAUUCGAUGCAGCUGCUGUUUUAUCAGGCACCAUUGUCUGCAUUUCUCCUUUGUCUCUGCAUACCUUUUUUGGAGCCUGAAAUAGUUACUACAUUCCUGCAUCAUUGGACCCUUACCGAAGUGUGUUUUAUAACCAUUUCUUGUUUGGCGGCUGUGUUAGUCAAUUUGACCACGUACUGGAUCUUGGGGAACACUUCUCCUCUCACGUAUAAUAUGGUGGGGCAUAUGAAAUUUGUUCUAAUUAUGCUGGGAGGAUGGUAUUUAUAUGACCGAGAAAUGUCACAAAAUCAGUGGUUUGGAGUAUGUUUGACGUUGUUCGGUUUGAUUGUGUACACCCAUAUAAAGAUUAAAGAGAAUGAAGCAAGAAUUACCAGUCCUACAGAAAUCCGUACAGAAAAGAAUUGACUUAUUUUAUUUUUAUACAAAUAUUUUUAAUAUAAAAUGUUUACAAUUUUUAUGUUUUUGUAAUAAACGAAUUUGUACAAGCGUUUAUUAUCGUGAAAA